AUUUAAUUUCAUUUAUAAAUGUCAGACUGAGGCGAUAAAAACACAGACACACAGUAUCCACCGGGUGGCGCUGAUGCUCCGGUGUGACGUCUGUUCCCGCCUCAACACCACCGAAGAAGAAGCGGGAGGACAGAAUCAUUACCGGGUUACAAAACAGCCGCAGCACCUCCAGCAGCAGCGGCCGUUGUUCGCAGCUCGCGCCAUGGCGGCAGUACGUAGCUUACGGGUGUCGGUGAAAUCAGACAGCGGCUCGGACCGCUCGGACUCCGACUCCGACUCCGAGUCGGACAGAGAUGCCCGCGAAGCCGAACCGAUGGAGGUGGAGGAGGGAGAGCUGGAGGCGGAGGACAUCUCCGUUAACCGUUCCCUGAAGGAGCUGCUACCGGAUACGAGCCGGCGAUAUGAGAACAAGGCUGGAGCGUUCAUCACCGGGAUUGAUGUCAACUCAAAGGAGGCAAUCGAGAGAAAAGAGAAGCGAGCCAGACGUUUCCAUUUCCGUCCAGAGGAGCAUGUCGAUCAGAGGAACGUCUUCCUCGAUAAAGACACCAUGAAGAAAGCUAUCCCCAAAGUGCGCAUGGAGGCCAUCUACGUGACGGGCGUGGACGACAUGAGCACACAGGACGUCUUCGGAUACUUUAAGGAAUAUCCUCCAGCACACAUCGAGUGGAUCGACGACACUUCCUGUAACGUGGUUUGGCUCGAUGACAACACAUCCAUCCGCGCCCUCAUCAACAGCAGCCGGAUGCCUGACGAGCAGACAGUUACCGCGGAAACAGAAAGGACGGAGCGAGCCGGCGCACAGAGCAAAGGUCGCCGGAGUCAAGGGUCAGAUGACGAUGAGGACGAUGAAGAGGAGGAGGGCGAGGUGGAAGAGGACGAGGAGGAAACUGUGAAGAAGAGCGGUGAGGAGAUCGAGGUGAAAGACAGCGAUGGAGAGGCGGAGCAGAAGACGAAGGCGGAGAGCGUUCAGGUGGACGACCUGUCGAGGGCAGAGAGAGAGUCUUUGCUGAGAAACGACCUGCGACCCGCCACCAGAGCCUUCAAAGGAAACAAACUCUUCCUGCGCUUCGCCACACACGAUGAUAAGAAGGAGCUGGGCGCCGCUCGUCGCAGCCGAUACUACAUGAAGUACGGCAACCCGAACUACGGCGGCAUGAAGGGGAUCCUCAGUAACUCCUGGAAGAGGAGGUAUCACAACCGGAGGAUCCAGCGAGACGUCAUCAAGAGCAAGAAGCCUCUGAUCGGAGACAGCAUGGGACACACGCCGCCAUACACACAUCGACACUCUGCUGACCUGGUCAACCUGCCCGAGGAGCCCAUCAAGGAGGAGGAGGAAGAGGAGGAGGAGGAGGAGGAACGUGACGAGGACAUGGACUCAGACGACAGGGUGGUCGAGUACAAAGAGCGAGGCGAAAGGGGCAGUGGCUCACGCUCGCUGGGGGCGGGGCUUCGCAGCCACGCGGAGCGCUCUCCGUCACCGUGGUCGGAGUCGGACGAGAUGGACUAUGACCUGGAGCUGAAGAUGAUCUCCACACCGUCGCCAAAGAAGAGCAAGAAGAUGACGAUGUACGCCGAUGAGCUGGACACUCAGCUGAAGAGCAUCCGGAACAGAGUUGGUGGGUCAGGAUCACAGCCCAGGGCCAAAUCACCGUCUCCCGCCAAGGUGACAGACGUUCGUCAGCUGCUGGAGGAGAAGAGACAGGGACUGUCUCAGCACAGACAGACGCCCCCGGUGGUCACCAGUGGAAAGACAGACGUGCGGCAGCGGCUGGGGAAGAGACGCUACUCUCCCGAAAGACGGCGCUCCCCCUCCCCCGUCUCCACCAGAGACACGCCUCCGGCCAGAGAACCAAUCAGAGACGUGCAUCGCAGACUGGGCGUGGCCAGUCAAGACACCAGAGGCGUCUACUCCAAUUCAUCCAAAGACAGGAAGACAGGUGGGUUGUGGAGCAGACUCGGCUCCGCUGAAGACGACAGCAGCGGCAGCCAUCACGAGCGUAGGUCGAGCAGCCGGUCAGCGGGUCUCUUCUCCUCGGGGAGGAAGGACGUCAGCGAGGGCAGCGGCAGGAAACGCGGCAACGGAGAGGAGGAAGAGGAGGUGGAGGAGGAAGACGACUCAACGCUGCAGAAGAUGUGGGGCGCCAUGAUCAAACAGAAACAGGAGCGUAUGUCCCACAAGAUGAAGAAGAGCCGGCUGGACAACCUGCCGUCGCUGCAGAUCGAGAUCAGCCGCGACAGCAGCGACGACUCUGACGCCUGAGACUGAGCUGCGGGGGGAGGGGGAGUGGGGAGGAGGGGGGGAGGACUUCAUAUCGCUGUUUUCUCCAAGUACAAUAAUAUAAAGACAUGAAGCUGAUCUGAGGCCAGUGUGGUGGGUUUUCUGUUUCCAUAUUUGUCUCUACAGUCCAGGACGGACGACCCAGUGGACCGACAGGAAGUGAUAGAAGGGACUGUUAUCGUUUCUUGUUGUCAGAUAAACGUAGAUCUCCAGAUGGUGUUUUUCUUUUUGUUUGUUUUUUGUUUUUGUUUUUUUUAAAUAUUGACAAUCCGCAACCAAAUCCAAGCGAACAUUUACAGAGAAACACAAACCUGUGACGUGUUUCUGUGAAACUGAGUCUGGUGUCAGAGAGAAUCUGUUCGUCUCCGGUGUCGGAUAAUUACUGAAGAUCAGCUGCAGCACCUGAGAGCUCCGCUUCACCUGCACAGUGUCGCUGAAAGAGACGGAAAACGACCUCAAAGAGACAAAACGACAACAGAGAUACUUUAAAAUUACACAAAAUGACUGCAAAGACACAAAACGACAACCACCAAGAGACGCAAAACAAUCACAAAAAGAUGCAAAAUGACCACAAAGACAGAACGACCACCUCUGACAUUGCAAAAUGACAAACACUAAGAGACAAGAAACAACAACCCCCAGGAGAGGCAAAACAACAACCAGAGAGACUUAAAACGACCUCAGAGAAACAGAAGACAACCAUAAAGACACGACAAGACAGAGUUUCAAAACAGCCACAAAGAGACUAAAAAAGUGUCCUAAAAGGACACAAAACUACGACCACCAAGACACAGUAGGACGACCACAGCGAGAGACAAAAAAUAACCACAAAGACACAAACUAUGACCACCAAGAAGACACAGGCUGACAACCACAGAGAGAUGCAAAACGGUGACCGAGAAGAUGCAAAAAGAUGCAAAAUUGCCACACAGAGACACAUAAUGUCCUCCAAGAUGCCCAAAAGGACAGAAACCGAGACACACAAGAUGACGACCACAGACAGACGCAAAACAACCAGAAAGACAAAAUGACCGACGCAAAACGACCACUGAAAGACACAAAUUGACGACCACUUCUGAGACGCAAAACAAAAACCACCACCAAGAUGCAAAGUGACCACAAAAAGACAUGGUACAGUUUGUCUCCAGUAAACCCAGAGAGCUGAUUGGUUGGUGUGUUGUGGUCGUUUCACGUCUCUUUCAGGAGGGGGGAGGGUUUGGGGCCCCUCUACAUGUGUGUGCCCAGAUCUACACUCCUGUUUAUGUAUGAAAUAUCUGUGCUGAUAUAUAUCAGCCGUUUCUCGGUUGUUUUCUUGUCAGGAUGUAACUGAGCAUCAUGGGAAGCUUUCCCCCUGACACCCAAUCAGAUUCUCUCACUCCUCUCAGCUGGCCAAACUUUCAGUAAAUCAUUCCUGCGUCACCGUGGAGAUGUUGGUCGGGCUAAGAUUGUUAUUUUUUUCCUGAAUGGACUUCCUCUGAGAAUCCAACCCUCGACCUGCGUCAGCGCUCGGGACCAUUCCUUCAUGCUUUGAGCUCGUCCGGCCGCAACAAUCAGAUCAGACCCAGGAUCAGAUCAGAUCCAGGACGAAGUGUUUUUACGUUUUCAGUGUGAGCAGACUUGUGACGUUGCUCUGAAAUAGAACGAACUGAUGAAACAGACUCAGAGAAAAGAGACGUGACGAAACCAGAGGAGAGACGGAUUAUUUCCAGAUAUGAGCAAUUUCUUCCACUUUUAAAAAAAAAAAAAAAAAAUCACUUUCUGUUAUUGAUCAGCUGCUUCCUGUCUGUGUGGACAUCAACACUGUUGUACUUCCUAUAUCAGUCCACUCACAUCAGUCGUGUUGUUUUUUUUUUUAUUAUUUUUUAAUCUAAACUCUCAGAGGCCACGACGUCACAGGUGGUCUUGAAUUUAGAUUACUGUUACAGUGUUGGCUAAAAGCUUUAUUUUACACGUCUGCAGGACUUCCUGUUGAGUUUUACCAGAAUGCAUUGUGUUAUUUGGAGGGGAAAUAGAGACAAAUGAAUCAAACAGAAUGAAUUAUUGGAGUAACGUCCACAGGCAGCGUAUCUGAAGGACACCUGGGUUUAAAUCAGGGCAGCAACUACAAAUUUUUUUUUAUCAUCAGCCGAUCUGCAGAUGGAUUUUAGUUGUUGCGGCUGUUUUAAGUUAGAUUUCCUCUCCUGUCAUCAGCGCCAGGUUACAGAGUUCUGUUCAGGAAACUUGUGGAAAGGAUUGAAAUAUGUCAGACCUGUAAAAUAAAGUGUUGUCACUGUCGUCCA